GCCACAACAGUACAACUCUCCUUCUGCUGCUGCUCCUUUCUUUUCUUUCUUUUAUUCAAUCUCUGGGACGUGUCCCCCCUCCUCCGCCCUGUCCGCCUGACGGGAGUCUCCCCCGGCUCCGCGGCGUCGCUCAGCAUCAUGGAGAGUCUGGAGAAGCAGCUCAUCUGUCCCAUCUGUCUGGAGAUGUUCACCAAGCCGGUGGUCAUCCUGCCCUGCCAACACAACCUCUGCCGCAAGUGUGCCAACGACGUCUUCCAGGCGUCCAAUCCCUACCUGUCGACGAGAAGCAGCUCCACAUUCACGUCCGGCGGCCGUUUCCGCUGCCCGUCCUGUCGACAUGAGGUGAUCCUGGACCGACACGGAGUUUACGGACUGCAGAGGAACCUGCUGGUGGAGAACAUCAUCGACAUGUAUAAACAGGGGAGCACCAGCUUUGUUGCACAGGCAGAGUUGACCGACUGUAUCUCCAUGCUCGUUGGGAACAAUGAGAGGAUUCAGGCGAUCAUCAGUCAGCUGGAGGAAACCUGCAGAGCUGUCAACGAGAAUGGCAGCAGACAGAAGUCGAAGUUGUGCGAGACGUUCGAUCACCUGUUUGCCCUCCUGGAGGAGAAGAAAGGUGAGAUGACUCUGAGGAUCAACUCUGAACAGGAAGAGAAACUGGACUACAUUCGAGGUCUGAGGAGGAAGUACAGUGAGCACAUGGACAACACCGCCAAGCUCCUGGAGACCGCCAUCCAGACCAUGGACGAGUCCGAAAUGGCCGUGUUCCUUCAGACGGCCAAACCUCUGCUACAGAAGAUCGUGGAGGGCACCAACACAUCUCACCUGGAUAAACUCCAACAAGGCUACGAGAACAUGGAGCACUUCACGGCAAACUUUGGUCGUCAGAGGCAAGCGCUAAGCAGCGUCGACUUCGUCAAAGCUGAUGAAGACGAUGACGAGGAUGAUGAUGAUGAAGAUGAGGUGGAGGUCAGAGAGACAGCAGCAGGAAGUCGAGUUGAGUCGCAGCAGCACGCCGCACCUGCGGCAGCUGCAGCCAAUCAGGAGCCUCCGCUGUCACCUGUUCAGCCUGCAGGUGUUCAACUCUCGGCCCCGCCCCCUCAGAGGCCUACAGAGGCCCCGCCCACCGUGACAUCACAUACGAAAGCCCCCGCCCCCCCAUCUCAGGGUCAUGUCCCGCCCCCUAUGCCCCUCCCUACCACCAGCCCCGCCCCCCAGUCUGAUCAGCAGAUCGAGUCGGAGGACAAAGACGGACCCAAACACGUCUUCUCCUUCAGCUGGCUCAACCAGAAAUAAAACCAGUACGACCAGUGACACCAGUUCAGGACCUGUAUCGGUCUGACCCAGUCUGCGUCGCUGCAGAACUUCAGCGUAUUUUUACAUGAUUUUACAUUUGUAUGUUGAAACCUACAGAACGCACAGAGACCUUUUACUGAAGCUGUGUUCACUCUGUUAAUGUUAAAUAAUUUAUUUUAAAAAUUCCAAAAAUAACCUUUUCUUAUGAUGUGAAAUAUUUUUCUUGGGUCUGAUAUUCUCAAAGGACAUUUUUUGAAAGUUAGAAUUUUUUGUUUAACAGAAGUUAAAGAAGAGUCAUUUAAAUCGAAGAACAUCCAAAACAUUUGGUCCUUUAAACAAACGCUCAGCGUGUUUCUCUGAUGACGAGUUUAUUCUGUUAAAGUGUCCGAUAAACUACUGCUUUAUAAUUAACCUGACUCUCCUCCAGCUUUGAUUGAGUCUGAUUUGACGGGAUUCUCCAGGCAAAGGUGUAGGGAUUUUCUCUCGGGUUAAGGUGACACCAGAGGAUAUUUUCUGAAUCAGUGGGUUCACAUUGAACACGUUUCAUUUUUACAGUACUUUACAACAGGUUACUGCGGAGUCUCAGUGGCCUAGAGUUGUCGGACUGGUUCAAGAACAACUUAGAACAUUUGUUGCCCAUCAUCCUUCCUCUGCUCCCCUCGUUUCCUGACAUUUUUCUGAUUUUCACAACAAAAAUAAAGGAAAGUUGCACCAACUAUAUUACACAAUAAACGUGUACCAGACAAGUGUGUGAUUUCCACGAGGUCAGUCCUCGGAGACCUCUGCGUCGUAGACUUCUGGGGGUUUGUAGAACUGACAGCGGCUGCUCAGGACUGGAGCUGAGUCUCUACGACACCUCACUGAUUUUAAGCCUGAGUGUGAUUCUUACGUCUGUUUGUUCAGACGUGCUGCAGUGAAUUUAUCAUUAUAAAGAUACUGUCUGAAAAGCAGAGAUAUAAAAUAUACCAGCUGACACUAGAUAUGAUCGUACCUUAUUGGCGUAGAUUAGGCCCAGGGUCGCUGUGGACUCAUCUUUUAUCAUAUAUUACAUUGUUGCUUGAUAUCAGGUGGAAAUCUUCUCAUGUUAAUUAUUGCUCCCUAGUGUCCAGCUCCAUAUGUCUGUUAUUCUUCUCUCUUCUUUCGCCUGUGAAACCUCCGAACUGUCAAGUUUGGAUCUUCAGAUGCCGUCAGUCGCCCGGUUUUCCUCCUGUGACUCAAGCUCCAGCACAACGUACUGAAACAGUGAAUUCACGGCAUCAUCUCUAUCAUCUCUGGCAAACAGUGUCCUCUGCCAAGUUUAUGACAUGUUGGAUUCAGCCUGAAUAUUAUUAUUAAUGUUUAAACGCUACACACUUAUAGGAAAACCUCAGAUGAUUGUCAGGUCAUAUCAACAUCCUAAAAACAACCAAAGAUAUAAUGGACAUAAAGGAAUGUUUGUAGCUUCUACGUGAUUUCGUGUCGCCUUUAAAGUCAAAACACAGAGAUGUCUGCAGGUGGAAACGUCCAACACUGUUUAAAUCAUUUAGUCUUCAGGGAAACGGCCGUUCUUCAGUAGUAGAUUUAGCAUACGAAAAGUCUGGCGUUAUUAUUUCUUUUUCUUAAGCGGAGAAUCCACAGUUGGUGCUGUAGUGAGUGUUUGUAGCAGCAGGACGGUGUGUGUGUGUGUGUGUGUGUGUGGGACUGAGUCUGAAUAAACUACAGCGGUCAGUCAUUUGAGUUUGAGGCACCAGACGUGACUUUGAAAAGUUUUAUUGGAAAUAUAAACUGUUGAGACAUUGUGUGAUGCUCACACGUGGUUUUAUUACCGACAAAGAAUCCAAAUAUUAGACAAAUCCAUCAAACUGCCCACGUUUCACAACAUUUACCUCAUCGAAUCUUAUUUCACAGCGAACAGGUUCAAAUAUUCAGCAGAGAAACUGGAGCUUUACUGAAGUAAAAAAGUUGGACUCAAAUAAAAAAAAUUCAAACUGUAAAAUAUGUGAAUGUGAAAUAAAUUUGAGUUGAAAUCAGAAAUGAAGUGAUGGAAUUAAUCCAAACCAGAGAAAGUAGAUUAUCUAAAGAAAACUGAAGCUCUGAAAGCAGUUGAGCUGUAGAAGAGUAAAAUGACCGAUUCCUGGAUAAAGAACACGUAUCGGAAAUAAAUGCUGAGAUAAAUCCAAAGAAACA